AUGAAAUCAAACGAAACGGAACAGAUCGGACGGGUCUCGGUUGAACUUGAACCACAACCAGGAGCGAGGUGGUCCAAUCGUUUUGCGGAAAGAGCUGAGAUUGAAGGGUGGACAUACUCUUGGAGAUUCGACAAAGGUCCGUGCCCUUCUCAAAUGCCUCUUAUUCACCGGAAAAAGCCGACGGAGAAACCGUCGACACCUCCAUCCGAGGCGGUGGGUGAUGAGGAUUCCCAACAGAAACCUCACGAAUCUCCGAAACACCAUAAGAAACCGAACGGAAGAAUCGACAAAGGGAGAUGGUCGUGUGUCGAUUCCUGUUGUUGGUUCAUCGGGUGCGUGUGCGUCACAUGGUGGUUCCUCCUCUUCCUCUACAACGCCAUGCCUGCGAGCUUCCCUCAGUACGUAACGGAAGCGAUCACGGGUCCUCUACCCGACCCGCCCGGCGUGAAGCUGAAGAAGGAAGGUCUUAAGGCGAAGCAUCCCGUUGUCUUCAUUCCUGGGAUUGUCACCGGAGGGCUUGAGCUUUGGGAAGGCAAACAAUGCGCAGAUGGUUUAUUUAGAAAGCGUUUGUGGGGAGGAACUUUCGGCGAAGUCUACAAAAGGCCUCUGUGUUGGGUGGAACACAUGUCACUUGACAACGAAACCGGAAUGGAUCCUGCAGGUAUUAGAGUUAGAGCUGUAUCAGGACUCGUGGCUGCUGAUUACUUUGCUCCUGGCUACUUUGUCUGGGCAGUGCUGAUUGCUAACCUUGCACAUAUUGGAUAUGAAGAGAAAAACAUGUACAUGGCUGCAUAUGAUUGGAGGCUUUCGUUUCAGAACACAGAGGUGCGUGACCAGACGCUUAGCCGUAUGAAAAGCUCUAUAGAGUUGAUGGUUUCGACUCAAGGUGGAAAAAAGGCAGUUAUAGUUCCGCACUCCAUGGGGGUCUUGUAUUUUCUACAUUUUAUGAAAUGGGUUGAGGCACCAGCUCCUAUGGGUGGCGGGGGUGGGCCCGAUUGGUGCGCAAAGUAUAUCAAGGCGGUGAUGAACAUUGGUGCACCAUUUCUUGGUGUUCCCAAAGCUGUUGCAGGGCUUUUCUCUGCUGAAGCAAAAGAUGUUGCAGUUGCCAGAGCGAUUGCGCCAGGAUUCUUAGACACUGAUAUAUUUAGACUUCAGACGUUGCAGCAUUUAAUGAGAAUGACACGCACAUGGGACUCAACAAUGUCUAUGUUACCUAAAGGAGGUGACACAAUAUGGGGUGGUCUUGAUUGGUCGCCGGAGAAAAGCCACACCUGUUGUGGGAAAAAGCAAAAGAACAACAAGACUCCCGGCGAAGCUGGUGAUAAUUCAACUUCCAAGACAAGGCCUGUCAACUACGGACGGAUCAUAUCCUUUGGGAAAGAUGUGGCAGAGGCUCCACCAUCUGAGAUUAAAAAUAUUGAUUUUCGAGGAGCGGUCAAAGGUCAGAGUGUCCCAAAUAACACGUGCCGAGACGUGUAUACAGAGUACCAUGAUAUGGGAAUUGGAGGGAUCAAGGCUAUUGCAGAGUAUAAGGUCUACACUGCUGAUGCAGUUAUAGAUUUACUAAAUUUUGUUGCUCCCAAGAUGAUGGCUCGUGGUGCUAAUCAUUUCUCCUAUGGAAUUGCUGAUGAUUUGGAUGACCCCAAGUACCAACAUCACAGACACUGGUCAAACCCGUUGGAAACAAAGUUACCAAAUGCACCAGAAAUGGAAAUAUUUUCGCUGUACGGAGUUGGGAUACCAACAGAACGGUCAUACAUCUACAAGCUAAAUCAGUCUCCUGACAGCUGCAUCCCAUUUCAUAUAAUGACUUCUGCUCACGAAGAAGACGAAGACAGUUGUCUGAAAGCAGGAGUUUACAAUGUCGACGGGGACGAGACAGUUCCGGUGCUGAGCGCAGGGUACAUGUGCGCUAAAGCGUGGCGUGGCAAGACAAGAUUUAAUCCGUCAGGAAUCAAAACGUAUAUCAGAGAAUACAACCAUUCUCCGCCGGCAAACCUGCUCGAAGGGCGGGGGACUCAGAGUGGUGCCCAUGUUGAUAUCAUGGGCAACUUUGCAUUGAUAGAAGAUAUCAUGAGAAUUGCCACUGGAGGUAACGGGUCUGAUAUAGGACAAGACCAAGUCCAUUCUGGUAUCUUUGAAUGGUCCGAGCGUAUUGACCUGAAGCUGUGA